AUGGGUCGCAGGCUGUCGCGCACGAAGCUGUUGGCGCUGGUGGUGGUUGCCGCGCUCGGAGUGGGCGCCCUGCGGCUCAGAUCCACGCGCGCCCCCGCCAGCGUCCCCAAAGCGGCCCUCGUGCUCCGCGCGAACCUCGACCAGCACGCGGAAGCCCUCAAGGCGCUCUCCAAAUCCCAGGCCCCGCAGUACGUGUACUUCUCGGCCGACAUCGACCCCGCCUCGGGCCAGCCGUGGUGUCCGGACUGUGCACGCUCUCUCCACGCGGCCGAGGAGGAGGUCGUCGGCGCGGGCGGCACGCUGCUGCUCGUCUUCGUCGGGGACCGCGACACGUGGCGGAACCCCAAGCACCCGCUGCGCAUGGACCCGGACCUGCGCGUGACGGGGCUGCCGACGAUGAUGCGAUGGGGCGCGGGCGGAAAGCUCGGCGAGGUCGGUGCGGAACUGGAGAAGGCUGGGACGCCCGAGGCGGCGCGGGAGGUGAUCCGCGACUUCAUCGAGCGCACGAAGGGCAUCGAGGCGCUCUGA